CUCGAGAGACGGUGUUGAGCUAUAUGCGUGACGGUAUCCCGCCAUCACCGCUCUAUCAGAUAGUUCAUCAUGCCACGCCUCUCGCAGCGGUCAUGCUCGCCCACGUUUCUUGUCCCCAACCUCCUCUUCCCACCUGUCAGAUCAACUUCUCACCCAUCGACCAUCAAGUGGCUCUCGAGCUUCAUCUUGUCUCCGGCGGCCGUUUCCCUGACCUUUUCUUCCUCGCCACCCAAUAACCGCCCAGGCCCCUCGAUCAGGUAAGACGCCGUUUCCCGGUGCCUGACCCCAGGGUCCAUCUUGUGCCAUUCAGACAGCCUCGCUUUGAGACUAUGACCAGGGUUUCAUGCAGGUGGAUGUUCCUUGGAGCUCCACCAAUUCACCGACCGCCCGCAACUUACUUUUUGAUCAAAUCAAUCUUGGAUGGCUUCUAUCGAUUAUCCCACGAGGACGGGAAACCGCUUCGUUAGUCCUGUACAACACCCCGUUCUAUGGCACAAUCACAUCUCUUUCCAGACUUUUGUCUCUUCUCCUCUACCGCAAUGUGCCGCAAAGGAAACUUCUAUACCUUGAGCACAGGCCGCAAAUAUCCCGUCUCCUAAACCUCCUUCCACUCCUGUUACAGGUCUUGUGCCAGAUCGCGUGGGUUCCACCCCCAGCCUGUUUCGACCUCAACCCUCACCCAUCUGCCAUACUAAUUCAGUCGUAUUCCCCCUCUCCGAUCCUCACCACUGCUCCAGACUGUCCUGUUUGAACUCCUGCUUCACCAUUGCUACUCUCUGCGACACUGCGGAGCCUUGGCCAUAUCGAAUCUAAUCGACCAAUUUGCCAUCAGUACCAAACCCUCGUAUGAUCUACCGUGUGAUCGGGUAGUCAAGACACCAUAUCUCGGGUUGCCAGUCUCCGGACAUCAGCUUUAUCCUAUACCUCCUAUCUGAUCGGUCUUCUCAUAAGCCUCAACUCGCGGCUUUGGUGUAAGCUUAAUCUUCUGUCACUCGCAAUCUUCAUUCGACGCUCUUUUGGUCCUCAGCAUAUCCACAGCAUAUCGUCCACGUUGCCACGACAUACCUUUCUUGGCUCUCCUCAGACAUGCAGACGAGAUAGCCCUUGAGGAAGACAGGAACACUCCCCCCCCAACGAUCUGAUCAGUAGAUCAUAUCCCAUUCCUUUUCAAAUCAUUUACACUCGAGCCCAAGUCAUGGCGACCCUCAAGUCUCAUUUCGCUCCGAGCAAGAUUGUUUUUUACAUUCUAUGGUGGGGAUUUCACUGGGGUAUAUUCGCCAUUGGAUGGUGGAAGCAGGCAGAAGAUCCACGUUUGGCCGGCCUCAACACUCUGACCUUCUCGGUAUGGAUAUCGCGAGGAGCUGGUCUUGUCCUCUCUGUGGAUGUCAUGCUCAUCUUGCUGCCCAUGUGCCGGAAUUUCAUGCGUUUCCUGAGACCAAAAUUCAGGUGGUUGCCACUUGACGAAACACAAUGGUUCCACAGACAAUGCGCCUACGCCCUGCUGGUGUUCACGACCGUGCAUGUUACCGCCCACUACGUCAACUUCUUCAACGUCGAAAAGAACCAGAUCCGACCCGAGACGGCAAUUCAGAUUCAUUACGCUCAGGCUGGUGGCAUCACCGGUCACAUUAUGCUGCUGUGUAUGUUGCUCAUGUACACUACCGCCCACCAGAGGAUUCGACAACAGUCUUUUGAGACCUUCUGGUACACCCACCAUCUCUUCAUUCCCUUCCUUCUGGCCAUGUAUACACACGCUGUGGGCUGUUUCGUACGAGACACAGCCCAGCCCUUCUCCCCAUUUGCUGGAAAGAUAUUUUGGGCUCACUGCCUCGGCUACGAGGGCUGGCGAUGGGAGCUUUGGUCUGGCGGCCUCUACCUGAUCGAGCGACUCUGGCGCGAAGUCCGUGCAAGACGGGAAACCAAGAUCAGCAAGGUCGUCCGCCACCCUUACGAUGCCAUGGAAAUCCAGUUCCAGAAACCCAGUAUGAAGUACAAGGCGGGUCAAUGGCUGUUCAUCAAUAUCCCUGCCGUGUCGAGCCAACAGUGGCACCCUUUCACCAUCACCUCGUGCCCAUUUGACCCCUACAUCUCGGUGCACGUCCGUCAGGUGGGUGACUGGACCAAAGCUGUGGGAGACGCAUUGGGUUGCGGCCCCGCCCAGGCGAAGCAAUUUGACGACCUGGACAAAGAGGGUAUCUAUGAGAUUGCGUUGCAGCAGGGACAAGAGAUGCCUGCCAUCCGCAUUGAUGGACCUUACGGUGCACCCGCCGAAGACGUCUUUGACAAUGAAAUUGCUGUGCUCAUCGGCACAGGUAUUGGCGUCACGCCAUGGGCAUCCGUGCUCAAGCACAUCUACAACAUCCGCGCUGGACCUAACCCACCUAGACGUCUCAAGCGCGUUGAAUUCCUCUGGGUCACCCGCUCCGUCGAGUCCUUCGAGUGGUUCCAAACGCUGCUCACGUCUCUCGAGCGACAAUCCGCCGAAGCCGCCGAGAGUGUUGGCGGCCCCGAGUUCCUGCGCAUCCACACAUACCUGACGCAACGCGUCGACGCCAACACGGCAGCAAACAUCUACCUCAACACGGUGGGCAAUGCGGUCGAUCCGCUGACCGCGCUACGCACGAAGACACAAUUUGGCCGGCCCGACUUCAAGCGUCUUUUCGGCGCGAUGAGGGACGGUCUCAUGGACCAAACGUAUCUGGACGUGGGCAAGGAAUCGUCCAUCACGGCGCAAAUGAAGGCCACCGUGGGUGUCUACUUCUGUGGACCCAACGCCGCGGCGAGAGAGAUCAAAACCGCCUGCAAAGCGACGAGCAACGAUCUCGUCAAAUUCCGGUUCUGGAAGGAGCAUUUCUAAAGCCUUGCGACCUAGACGUCUCGAAGGGUUCAGACUGGCUCUGGGCUUUCGGGGCUUGUUCACCCCGCAAGACCUUGGGAUGUUGCAACUCGUUUUCUUUGGAGCAAGGAGGGGGAAAACCAAAGAGUAUGGCCAGCGCCAUGUUUUGGACCUUUGCUUUUCAGCAGUCAUGUGAAGACGUCACCUUGAAGUGGGGGGGCCAAGCACAUCCAGCCCCCCCUUGCUCGCGCAUUUCCUCUUCCGUCCUUUGGUGUUUUGGGAUUCAUGGGAAGAGUUGUCAUGUACAGAUUCAGAAGGUCUUUCUUUUACCUGGAGCUUUUUGUUUUUUUGAAGCGAUCAACGAUACGCCAGAGAUACCACAGCAUGCAUCGUGGGGGUGUGCGAGACAGCAAUGAAGCAUCAGGCCAGACGGAUCAACCCCGAAGCACUGCAAUUUGGCAGGCAGACAGGGCUCCGUGCCUGGAUGCAUGUAUGUAUACUAUCAGGUUUACAGCCGUCGGUCCCCUUCCCUCGACACUGAGUGGGAGGUUCAGAGGAGAGAGAGAGAGAGAGGGAGGAGCGCGCGAGAGAGCGAUCCGUCAAAGAGCGAGAUGGAGACAUUAUAUCCCAGCCUACUCGGUACUUUGUAGAAAGACAGCUGCAAUAACACCUAGCUUGCUGAAGGGGGGGGAUUCAAUGAAGAUUUCUUGUUCAGCAUGA